AUGUCCCGAAUUGCUUGGAUCGGCCUUGGGAAUAUCGGCAAGGUUCUCUGCGAGAACCUCGCACGGUACGGUCCGAAAUCAACUCGAGUAAGCGCAUGGAACAGAACACGUUCGGCGGGCGAGGAACUUGCGGCCCAGGUGGAGAAUAUCGAGGCUGUGUCCUCUCUCGCAGAUGCAGUCAACAACAGCGAUAUAAUAUGCGUUUGCUUGAGUGACGAUGCCGCAGUCAAAGAGGUGUUUAGCGAGAUAGUAAGCAAGGCCAGUGCAGCAGUAUCGGGAAAGUUAUUUGUAGACCUCUCCACGAUCCAUCCGGACACGGCGUCCGCUGAAGCCGAGAGACUCCACAAAUUGGGCGCGGAGUAUGUGGGGAGCCCGAUCUUCGGUGGUGUUCCACUAGCGAAAAACCGACAGGUCACACUCGUCCUAGCCGGACCUUCGGCUGCGAUAUCCAAGUUUAGACCAUUCACCAUCGGAGUAAUUUGCGGACAACUAAUCUCCCUCCCAGACAAACCCUGCGCCCAUGCCUUUAUGCUAAAGCUCCUCGGCAACUUCAUCCGCUUCUCGGCAAUUGCUACCCUGGCGGAGGCGGAUGCAUUCUCCGAGGUCGUUGGUCUGCCCCCGGAGGCUCUCGAGGAAUUUGUCGGGGUUGUCUUGCAAGGGGCUGCGGUGGGACAGCUACAGGGGUUACGCUCCGGGGAGUAUCACAAAACCGACAAGGUAUGA